AUGGACACACCGCAGCGAACAGAGUACUGUAAAGGGUAUUCAGAAGAUGUCGAUCUCAUUCGAGAGCGCGAAUAUCCUCAUCUCAAAGAUACUACAUACCUGGAUCAUGCAGGAACUACUCUGUAUGCAAAGUCUUUGAUCGAGUCCUUCUCGCAGGACCUCACCUCCAACCUGUUUGGGAACCCCCAUUCUAUGUCCUCGUCAUCUCAGCUGUCCACGCAGAGGAUAGACGAUGUUCGCCUGAGGGCACUCCGAUUCUUCAAUGCUGACCCCGAGGAGUUCGAUCUCGUGUUCGUUGCAAAUGCUACCGCUGCGAUCAAGCUAAUUGUUGAAUCGUUUCGGGACGCCACGCCAAAGGGAUUCUGGUAUGGUUACCACAUUGAAUCUCAUACUAGCUUGGUCGGGGCACGGGAAGUGGCAGAUCUGGGGAGUAAAUGCUUCAGGUCCGAUGAAGAAGUCGAUACGUGGAUAUCAGACAUGGAUGAUAGCCUGGACGAGGGGCUUAAGCUGCUUGCGUUUCCUGCGCAGUCGAACAUGAACGGUCGACGAUUUCCUACUCGUUGGUGUGGGGAACUUCGAAAUACAAAUGGCCUUACAGGCGAUGCGUACUCGCUUCUGGAUGCAGCAUCUCUGGUAUCCACCUCGCCAUUGGACUUGAGCGAUGCCUCAGCCGCGCCAGACUUCACGGUCCUCAGCUUCUACAAGAUAUUCGGAUUUCCUGAUCUUGGUGCCUUGAUUGUUCGGAAGAGUGCCGGUCACAUUUUCGACAAACGAAGGUUUUUCGGCGGUGGAACGGUAGACUUGGUCUUGACUCAGGGUAUGCAAUGGCAUGCAAAAAAGACCUUGAUUCACGAACGAUUGGAGGAUGGGACGCUUCCAUUUCACAGCAUCAUUGCACUUGAUUCCGCAUUGAAUACACAUACUCGUCUCUUCGGUUCGAUGGAGAAUAUCUCUUCUCAUACGCGGUUUCUGGCCAAGACGUUGUACGAACGACUAACGGCUCUGAUACAUUUCAACGGGGCGAAAGUUUUCGAUUUCUACAUGGACUCAGAUGUGGACUUUGAAGACGCAUCGACGCAAGGCCCGAUCCUUGCGUUCAAUAUACGCAGUAGCCAGUGCGCUUGGAUCGGCAAAUCCGAGGUCGAAAGACUUGCAAAUGUCAAGAAGAUCCAGAUCAGAUCGGGAACUUUAUGCAACCCAGGAGGCACAGCAGGUAGCCUUGGUUGGACUGGACCCGAUAUGAUUCGCCAUUAUUCCAAUGGGCUGCGCUGUGGAGAUGACAAUGACCUGGUGGAUGGCCGUCCGACCGGUAUUCUGAGGGCCAGUCUCGGUGCGAUGACCAAUCUUAAGGAUAUUGAGAAUUUCGUGGAUUUUGUGGAAGAGUUUUAUGUGGAACGAUCGCCCAAUACAUGCUCUUUGCUACCCCCAAUCGAUCCUACAGUAUCUCAGUCACCUGGAUUCUAUAUUGAAAGCCUCUCAGUAUACCCUAUCAAGAGCUGCGGAGCCUUUAAAGUCCCUGAUGGCCAACGAUGGGAGAUUACACAGGAGGGAUUAGCGUGGGAUCGUGAAUGGUGUUUGAUCCACCAGGGUACCGGAACCGCUCUCAACCAGAAAAGGUACCCUAGGAUGGCGCUCAUCCAACCGUUUGUUGAUCUUGCACGAGGUGUCCUGAGGAUUUCAUGCGGGAGAGGAACAAGGAACUCUUCUCUGGAAAUCCCACUUAAUCGCGGAGGCACUGACUUGGUGAGGGCUUCGCUAUGUCAAAACGCAGCCAAGUCUUCUACUGUAUGUGGAGACCAGGUUAUCGUCCAAGCCUAUACAUCUCCAACCGUCUCCUCUUUCUUCUCAGACUUCUUAGGCGUUCCGUGCUCACUUGCGCGAUUUCCACCUCAGACCUCGACGAGGUAUGCUGCCUCUAAGGUUAGAAAGCCCCAUUAUAUGGACGAAUCGACUAUGCCGGGGUCAUUUCCACAAGACAUAUCGACGCCAGUUCCUGGACAGAAUCGGAUCCUGUUAUCUAACGAAAGCCCUAUCCUAUUCAUCUCUCGCUCGUCUGUCAAUCGACUCAACGAAACGAUCAAAUCCAAACCCAAGCCCAAGAACACCAACCAGCCUAGUAAUACUGGCUCUAAUAAAGCGGUGGCUGCCGAUGUCUUCCGCGCUAACAUUGUGGUUGCUGAGAAUCUCUCCCAACGAGCCAAUGCGGAACGACCUUACAUCGAAGAUCAAUGGGAAUCGUUCAGCGUUGGGUCUGAAAACGUUCAGUUUGAUGUUUUGGGAUCCUGUCAACGAUGCCAAAUGGUCUGUAUUGAUCAGUACUCCGGUGUGCGAGGUGACGAACCCUUUUCGACAUUGGCGAAAACGAGGAAGAUUAACAAUAAGAUCAAUUUUGGGAGACAUGCAUCUCUUUCUAUGACAGAUGAUGAUCUCGAUGUCCCUGCAUCUAAGACCAUCAUGGUUGGCGAUAUUGUUUAUCCUGCUUAUGAGCGUGAUGACUGUUGA